GGAUAAUAUCUGUAACGCGCUGGCCUUGCCUUCCAACCUCAGAAAAGCCAUCUCCUACUGUCCAAGACACAGGCGACAAUCCUGCUCAACAGUGUCACUUGCACCUCUCCACUCAGAUUCGCCAUGGCCACGCUCGCCAUGCACCUAAUCCUCUGCUCCUCCACCUACUCGUCCCCCUCGCAGCGUCGCCGGAGGCCCCUUCCUCCCGGCGCCACCGGCGCGGGCGGCUCGGACAAGCCGCAGCAGCAGGCGCCGCCACCGCCGCCGCACUCCGCCACGCGGCGGCUGGCGGUGGCCGCGUCCACGGCGCUGGCCGCCACGGCCGCGCUGGCCGCGCGCCGGCCCGCGGCGCCCCCGCCCGCGAUGGCCGCGGAGGCGGCGUUCGUGCCCGCGCCGACGCCGCCCGGGGCCGUGCCGCGGUGGGGCACCAAGUCGUACGUGCGCGAGCGGUUCUUCGAGCCGGAGCUGACCGCGGAGGAAGCCGCCGCGCGCAUCCGGCAGACCGCGGAGGGGAUGCGCACGCUGCGGCCCAUGCUGGAGACCAUGUCGUGGAAGUACGUACUCUUCUACGUCCGGCUGAAGUCCAAGUACCUCGACAUCGACCUCACCACCGCCAUGGCCGGCGUCCCCGCGGCGCGCCGCGCCGACUACGUCCGCGUCGCCAACGAGCUCGUCGACAACAUGACGGAGUUCGAUCGCUUCGUGCGGACUCCCAAGGUCUACGAGUCCUACCUCUUCUACGAGAAGGCGCUCAAAUCGCUGGAUGACGUGGCAGAGUUCCUCGUCUGAUGUACAUAUACUGUAUAAGUAGUUCUAGGAUAUGAUAUUGUAAUUUGGCCAUGGAUGACGGUUUCGAACACAAAUUUGUUUAAAGAAUUUUUUUUCGCAACACGCGACCUCGA